AUUUUCUCACAUUCUUCUUUGAUCUCACUUUAUCCUACGUCUCCGUCGGUCUUUUGGAUUGAGUUCUUACAUGACUACAGAUUCUAAUUCGCAGUCUGGCCCCUAAAUCAAGAGACCAGAUGACACUCCUCAACCACUUCCUCCACAUCACCAACUUCCACUCCCCCCUCCUGCGGUCCAUCAUCCCUUGCUUCGCCACCGCCUUUGCCAUCCAAGGCGCUGUCGCGAUCCCCUCCAUCCUUGCCGGUUCGGAGCGCUUCUUCGACGUGUCUGGCUCAGUGACCUUCCUGGCUGUCGGAACGCUAAGCUUAUAUCUCCCCGCGCUGCGAGCUCGCGCGGCUGCUUAUGCCGGCAAUGCAGCAACUCUUCCUCGGCUGCCGAGCCUGAUUGAGGUCCUGAAGGGGGGUGCGGGUGCGGGCGCGGGUGCCAAUGCGGGUGCUGCGGCUCUGCUGAGCUGGAGACAGCUUGUCUUGACGGGAAUGACUGCGGCUUGGGCAGUGCGACUUGGCUCGUUUCUAUUUCAUCGCAUCCUUACCGCCGGCCAUGAUUCUCGAUUCGAUUCCAUCCGCCACAAGCCCGCCCGCUUCUCUGGGGCCUUCUUCUUCCAGGCCGUUUGGGUUUCGCUCCAGCUUAUGCCUGUGAUUAUGCUCAACGCCAUCCCGGCAGCUGUGCUGGCAUCUGCCAUUCCCAGGACACUCGCCACGGACGUCAUUGGCAUGUCGAUUUGGCUUGCCGGGUUUGUGUAUGAGGUCUUGGCGGAUGUGCAGAAGAGCAGGUGGCAAAGGGAGAAGAAGCUCAAGCUGCAUGAUGAAGAGUUUAUGACAAGUGGACUUUUCUCAAAGAGUCGGUACCCCAACUAUUUUGGGGAAAUCUCCCUUUGGACCGGAAUUGCGACUGCAUCAGCUGGCGUCCUCGCCCGGCUGCCCGUGCAGCAAGCUUUGGGUCUGUCUGGAGGCCCCUUGGGUGUCAUUACAACUACCGUCUUGUCAUUCGUUAGUCCCGCGUUUGCGGCCUUUUUGCUUCUCAAGGUAUCUGGCAUACCCCUCUCUGAGAAAAAGUACGACAAACGAUACGGAGAUAGAAAGGAGUAUCAAGAGUGGAAGAAGAAUACGCCGAGGCUGAUCCCAAAGCUGUGGUAG